AGCUAAACUGUUGCAAUGUAUCAUUAAACCGUUUACAAAGCGCUGAGUUCUGCUGAACGCAGCCAAUAAUCGCUGAUUGCUCAUUGAGCGCUUUUUUCGUUGAACGCGCCCGUUGCCUGUUGCCUGGCAUUCUGCCACGGCCCAUAACAUAAACUAUAGAUAAGUGCGCGCAUAUAUACAUGACACGGAACGCGGCCUAGUAUCGUUCGAUUGCACGAUAAAAAAUAUUUCAUUAUACUUUCGUUACUGAUUAAUAAUUAAGUGAGAAGAUUGCUUACACAUAGGUUUACAUUAUAAAUGAACAUGUAUAUUUAUAACUCAUUCCUGAUAGUCACUUUGAGUUAAUAUUACCACUCAUUGCCACGUCGUAAGUCGUGAGUCUUUGAAACUUCGUUAAAAGAUAUUCAUGUAAAUAUGAUCGGAACAAAAUCCAAAAAACCUGGUAUUUUUGGAAAACUUUAUUUGGCAUUAUAUAAUUUUAUACAAACUCUGGGAUGGAGUUAUAUAUUGUAUCAGGUUAUACAAUAUUAUAUCAAUCCUUUAAAUAAUACCUUAUGGAAUAAAGCAGAACUGUCUGUAGUUGUUUUCCAGAAUGCAGCUGUUUUAGAAGUAAUACAUACAACAAUUGGAUUGGUACCAUCAAAUGUCAUAAUCACAACAUUCCAGGUUUUGAGUCGUGUUAUGGUUGUAGUUGGAGUCAUUUUAGCUACUCCUUAUACAUAUGCUGCUGCAUCUCCAGGACUUCCAUUGCUUCUCAUAGCAUGGUCCAUCACAGAAGUAAUUAGAUAUUUCUAUUACUUUCUGAAUCUCUUUGCUAUUGUACCACACAUAAUGAUAUGGCUGAGAUAUACCACAUUUAUCAUAUUAUAUCCGAUCGGUGUAACUGGUGAAUUAUUGUGUUUCUAUGCUGCUGUAAGAUAUGCCAGUACUUAUCCUCAUGCGUGGAGUUAUGUUCUGCCAAACACAUGGAAUUUUACUUUUAGCUAUUUAUAUGUGCUGAUAGGAAUUAUGUUAUUAUACAUUCCACUUUUCCCUAAGCUUUAUAUGCAUAUGUUCGCGCAAAGACGUAAAAUGUUAAACUCCAAUGCUGCAGUGAAAAAAACCGAUUAGCAUGUAAAUUUAUUAUUUAUUUUUCUCCAAUAUCUUAAUAAACUAAUAACAUUAAAAAUAUGCUAAAAAAAUAUAUAUAUAUAUAUAUAUAUAUAUAUAUAUAUAAAAUAU